AUGAGUACGGCGCCGGACCCUAAAACCCAUGCCGACCCGGGUCGGAAAUUCUUCCGUCGUCACUGUGUCGUCUCAAAAAUCUUGCCAAAAUUCGAAGCCGUGCUGUUUUUGGAUGCAGAUAUUGGGAUGGUCAAUCCAAAUAGAAAACUCCAAGAAUAUAUGGAUCCUCAGUUUGAUAUAAUAUUCUACAACCGCCAUUUCUCAGCAGAAAUUGCUACCGGGUCGUAUUUAGUCAAGAAUACACCCUAUUCAAUUCAACUGCUCAAGGAAUUCUCCGAAUACGAGAAAAAACUUCCACAAGACAGCUUUCACGGAACGGAUAAUGGGGCGAUUCAUUUGUUCCUUGCUGAAAAGUUGUUUCCCCAUAAUUUAAUCGAUCUGGAACUGUGUCGUCGAGCAUGGAAGAAUUCAAGAAAUGUGAUUGACUUGUUGGGGUAUUCAUCAUGCGUAAGAACAAUGUUUGGUGCAAGUUCUGACUUUGGAAAAGUUCGGAUACUUCAGAAGGGCACCGGCUACGUGCGUGACGGUUGGCUAACUAAUGGUAUGUUCAGUCCAGAACGAGAUUUUUUGCUUCAUGGAUGGAAAAUGAAUCAGUUGGCGACCCUCCCACCGGGACGGCUGCUGCCAGUCCCAAAAUUCGUCGACAAGUGGUAUAACCCAUUUCAUGGAGAGUUUGAUAUGCAGAAAUGUGGAUUGGGAAAUACAACGUGGAAUCUCAAUCAAAAGUUUGUUGCAACCCGAGCUAAUAUUGAAUACAGUCUGCGACAAUACGAGAUGAGGAGUGCAAUCCAAAAGUUGGAAUUUUUGGGAACACUUCAUUAUUUGGUGAAAAAUAAUAGGAUACGAAAACAUUUAGGACCGACCGAUGCGAGUUUAUUUGAUUUUUAA